UUUCGCAACGCCAUUCAUUUCAGAACACAACAUAUCUAGUUGUUGAUCUGUUGGGCAAGGCGUGAGAUUUCCGACAGCUCCGUUGAAAACUGAAUAGCUGGGAUCCAAGGAAUACGUGACUCCCAAUUUGUGCCAUCAUUCGUUCUUUUGUUUAUAACACGAACAUCUAAGGUUUGCUGGCACCACCACCAUAUCCUCCUUACACAACACAAGACGCCGCCUCGUCGAAUCUACCACAUUGCUUAGCCAGCACGUAUGCAGUCCUGUGUGGAAGAGUUCAAGUCCCUCUUCUCAUCCCUAUGCCAAACGUUCGAGGCGGUGGAGACUAUUCUCAACCAUGAUACUCAUCACUUCAACCCCUGCACCAAGAUAUACGAUCCCAGUCAGAGAAGUUGCUAUAGGGAAAGCGUACACCGAAUUAAGGAUAUUGACGAGGAAGUUCUGAAUUAUCUCGAUUCCAUGGAGGAGCGCAUCUCUGGUCUACGGAGUCGCUUGCGUAUCCAUCACGCCAGGGCAACGUUUUCCUUAGCCCCAAUCUCAUGUCUUCCCCUUGAUAUCCUCCCCAUUAUCUUUCGCAUGGUAGUCCCUGACCGCCCUUAUCAAGGUUGCAUCCGAGAUGUCAUGCAUCUUUCCCAGGUCUGCACGGUAUGGCGCCAGGUCGCAUUUUCCAUCAAGGAUUUGUGGAGAAACAUACAUAUUCCGCUUUCUCGCGUGAAUCAUCUUGGGGAAUAUCUUCUCCGAUCCGGAGAGAGACCACUGCAUCUGGACAUAUACCAACGGGACGUUGAUCUCGACAAGAUAGCGCCUCUCCGUCCGCUUUUUGAUGAGUUCGGUGUCUGGGGUCGAAUAAAAUCCUUCAAGAUUCCAUACGAUAUCCUCCUUCAGUAUUUGGCUGAGACGGGUGGGAUUCCUCCGUCAACACCAGCGCUUCAGUCGUUAACCAUCCAUCCAACUCCCAUUUCCGAGAAUCCGUCGUAUCAAGAACUUCUGCCUUGUUAUGCUCAGUCUGUGCAACAAUAUGAAUGUUUCGACGCGCCUUUGCUCCAUCAGCUUACACUAGGAAAUCUUGACGGGAGUCUAGGCGCUCCUAAGUUCCCUCAUUUGCGUUCUCUCAUACUCGAAGGCUAUAUCACGAUUAACUUCCAUGGUCUGCAUUCCACGCUCGACCGGCACAGAUACACUCUGGAGACCCUGACCAUUCACAGUUUAUCGACCGAUUUUCUUGUUAUCGAAUCGGAUUUUAGCCUCAUAUCGGUUCCCCACCUACAUACAUUGGUGCUUCAUCGUCUAACGCCCCAGUUUGCGACCACCAUACUCACGGCAUUGCGUGCACCCGCACUGCGUAGCCUAAAAAUACAUCCGCAAGUCACCCCCUGGCUUGGUGGCCUACAAGCAGAUCCUUUUAUUGGGCGAAAUGGACCGCUCUUUUCCCGCCUUCGAGGAUUCGAGCCAAUUCUGGCUGAGCUUAUUCGUGUGCUGAACUUACAACAAGGCGUAACCGAGACUCGCUACUUGCUCAAUCUUCGCUCCGUCACCGUUGAACUCAAUCGUCGACACCCCUAUAACACGGAGACUAUUGGCGAGCAAUUACUUGACAAUCUUCUCGAACGCGCAAAACUGCACCAGAUCAAACUGCGGGUUCCCAAGAGUAUUGCUACAUCAAGUGGCGUUCGCAAGCUCCUCCCUAUUCUAUCUGGACUUUCCGAGCUGGAGUAGAGCGCCAAAACCCAUUGCUUUCUGCGAGCACUUCAUAUCUUUUUCCGAUGUUCAAUCCUCAUCACGCCGUUCGCGGUGCGGGGCUAUCUUGCUGGCCCACAUGCCUCAUCCGUCCAGCCUGAAAGCGAUUGCCAUGUACAUGCUACACGUUGUGAGCGUAAUGAUGAUUAUUUAAUCC